CACGUGGUCGGUGACAGCUUCGAUGACGGAGGGCAAUAUGACCGGGACGAAGACGGUCAGUUUCGACGCUUCCACCGGCUUGGCCACUUUCAGUGACCUCGAAAUUGACGAAAUCGGGCGCUACUACAUCGAAUUCCAUGUGACGUCAACGCCAGCGGAUUACGACUUCAUCUACGAGGGCUACAUUGACAUCAGCAACGCUGCCUUGGAAGGAAUGCCCAAGGAGAAGACGACUAUGUGUCAGGUCAAGUUCGACACCAGGUAUGACCCCGUGCAGUCAGCUAAGGAUGUGGCGAGGCUCGGCAGAAAAUGGGGCAUCCCAAAGAAAAACAAAGGAAUGAAAGUUAAAGACUCCACGGCAGCAUCAGGCAGCGUCCUCGCCACACUGGUGUUGGAGGGCAGCAACGCUGGCGUCAGUCAGGCAAUGGACGAAAUGUGCAAGGACGUGGAGAAUGGUGUGAAGUACAGUUUCGGCGGACAGAGUGUUAGCCUGAUGCCCUACAUGAUGGUGGAUGGCAAGAUGGCGUACGGAGUCUCGUGUGGGCCGACUAACGCAGACAAAGGUUUGAGCCCCGGAAUCAUCGCCGCUAUUGUACUGGUCAUCCUACUCUUCGUCAUCAUCCUCGUCAUAUUCCUCGUCUGGAAGUUCGUCAUCGUGCCCAAGACAAAGACCUACGAUUCGAGCGCAGACGUUCGGGCACUUGGCAAGGGCAAUUACAGCAUCGAAGACUACCUGUUCCGUGAGAAGACAUUCAACAGCAUUAGAAACCAAGUACCCGUCCCCAACGCACCCGCGGCGACGGCAGGGACAGCAUUCGCCCUCAGCGUGGACAGCCGCAUGGACAUGUACAACGACAGACCAACGUCCAGUGUCAGUGCACGGUCAAUGCCCCAGAAGAUGCCCCUUCCGUCUGACUAGACCACUUCGGACAAUGGUACCAAACCCACCUGAAUUAAACAGCACUUGGCUUCUGUUCAGGGUGCCGUCAUACAAAACAACCUUAGUGCUAAGGCUGCCGUAGGAAUAUAUUCAGGUAUUGGAGUCACAAUUACCUUAGCGCUAAGAUCGCUUUGUACAACAACAUCCUGGAUGUUUCAAAGAAAAGUGCUAAGAAGAAAUAAACAAAUAUAGUAUUUAUUAAUGUCUUCACAUAGAUAAACCGUUAUGAACUUGUUAUCCAUUUACAUAAAUGUGAAUAUUAAUACAAAAAAUUAAUAUAUAUUUACAAAGUUGUUAAAUUUUAAUACAUAUUUCGUCAUGUGAAAUGUCAUGUUCCCGAUGUAUUUUAAAUGGUUUUUUAAGUUUGAUUAUCAAUUUGAAAAUCGUCACCAGAGAAAUAUAUUGUGUUCGCCACGCACCUGUGCACACAUUAAUUACUAUUGUAGCGUAUAACAUAACCCUGUUUACUUUGUUGUUAUGUUGUGUGUUUUACCGUGUGUGUAUGUUUAUGAAACUAACUUCAUUGUAGUUUGUGAAUACAGACCCAUAUUAAUGCACGUGAUUUGUACUUUGUAUAAUUGAACAAAUAAUCCAUAACAUUUUUAAAAACAUCAUUAAAUCAAAGAAUUUCAUUAUCCGGAAAUCUAUAACUAUCAUGUUUAUUUGUUUCCAACUUAACACCGUACGUUCAAUGUUAAUGUCAUGAGGACACUUGUGUGGUCCAUGUUUUCUGUAAAUUGAGCCUUACCCGGAAAGAUGCCUUGCAUUUUGUCUUCUGUUUAAAAUAAGACUGUUAUACGUUAAGUAUUUUAGAUUAGUAUUAAUAUUGUGAGAAUUUAUAUGUUGUUGUUAUAUAACCGUUCAUGACGUGUCGUGAGUGUUAUAACUCAUGAUGAGCAUAUAUAUUGGAACUUAAUACUGCUGAAUCUAUUUAUCAAUUCAGACCUGUGGUUCAAGCUUUCGCUCUAGGCCUUUAACACCUGCAGUGAUGGUAAAUGUGAAACCAUUUCCACGAUCUCACUUUUAGACCUGUAAUGCGUUUGGAAGUCUUUAACUCACGUUCGAUUCAACCCUUGGGUACAAAAUGUGAAUACAUUCCUGUUAUCUCACUUUAAGGCUCUGGAUAAAGUGUUUGCUUGUGGCUCCUCAGACCAGCGUUCGAUUCCCGUAGGAAAUAUUGUCUCUUUGAUAUUUCCCGUUUUUUUUUGCUGAAAGCUUACCCGUGUUCUCACGCAAAUGACCAGUGAUGAGGCAAAAAUGUUUCUGGUUAUUUCGACGCCGUUAGUUUCUCGUAAAAGAAAAUUAUAUCACAUUUAGCGUGUUUAAAGGACAAUUUGUGUGUGUGAAAAACUUGAGACAAAAAUGUAUUUCCAGUAUUUCUUUUCCCCUGCAAGACUUAUAUAUUCACGGUACCGUAAGUGUUUAAUUUGCUGUGAAAUGUGUAUAAAUAACGUCAUUGUUUCCAUAGAUACAGCAUUUACGAACAAAUAAACCACGGUGACGUCAUUGAUACACAAGGAUCCGGUGCGGUAGCCCAGUGGUAAAAGCGUUUGCUCGUCACGCCGAAAAAAACGGGUUCGAUUCUCCACAUGUGUACAAUGUGUGAAGCUCAUUUCUGGUGUUCCCCGCUGUGAUAUUGCUGGAAUGUUGCUAAAAGUGGAGUAAGACUAUACUCACUCACACUACACAAAUAACCACCAUGGUAGCACUAUCGAUUUAACAUUACAUUUAACAAAUUAAUCUUUUAUAUGGGUUAUUAAACCACCGUCAUACCAUUUAUAUAACAGUAAAUGUCAAACAUUGAAACUACACAGACAAUCGGAAAAAAUAAGCUUUAUGCAUAUAUAUUUCAUGUUUACAAAAUAGUAAAGCAUAUAUUUACAAUUUCAGUGUUCAUGAAUAGUUAGUUUUAUACUAGAUGUUUCUCGUGUAUGAUUGUAAUUUAUGUAACUCACGCUUGUAAACUGCACACGUAUUUUAUCUCUUCUUUAAAUUUUAGUUUUAAAACCUUUAACCAUUAGAUAGCGAGUGUGUGUCUCACAAGAUCCAGGUAUUCAAAAGCAAACCUGUCACUAUAAGUCUUACGAUUAUUUUUUCAGAAUGCUUUUAAAUCCCGGCAUAUACUAUAAUUACAUUUCUUAAUAUCGCCAUACCGUCCUUUUUAUGUCUCUCAGAAUAUUUGCCAUGUAUGUAUCUGUGAUAAACUUAUUUUCUUCUCAAAACCGUUUUAUUAAACAUAUUCUUUAAAACUGA